GUCACUGUCGGGCGGCCCGGGCGGGGCCCUGGAGCCGGGCUGCUGGUGGGGCUGCUCGUUGCCAGCCACGUCCCCACGCCGGACCACUUCCAGGGCGCUUCCAGGGCCGCCGGGCCGCCUCGGGCCUGCCCCGUCCGGAUGCUCCGGCCACCUCACGGGAACGUUCGCUGGAGCCCCACAGUUCAGAGGGCCUACCAUGGCCGGGGUGCACCUGCCCGGGGCUCAGCCCACAGCCCUACCUGGAGGAGGAGGCCGGCCUGGGAGCAAGCCCUGAGCAGCUGCCCUGUCCAGAAUCCUUGGCCUGGCUGCAGGGACCCCGAAGCAGCCUGAAGAGCAGCCAGCCGGGUGCCCCGGGAGCGGUCUGGCCUCCAUCCCGGGUGCCUGCAAGAUGUGGACGACCCUUGUGCUUGUUUGGGUUCUGCUCUGGACCUUGGCGGAGAGCCAGGAGAUACCUACUGUGCCAUUGAUCAAAAAUGUUACUCUGGAUACCGGACUUAUCUUCCCCAAUUUCACGUCGCCUCCAGACGUUCCCCCGGAUUCCCCCUGGACCACCAAUGCCACGUCGCCUGCGCAGAUGCCAAAAGUGGGGAUGGAAUCUUCCGUCCCAGCAACCUCAGGGACCUUGGCCCCUACCCCCGAACCACACAGGACAGAGACCAGCCCCUGGACAGCUGCAGGAAGUGGCCCUUACCCCAGGACUCAUCAAGGUCCCCCAACAUCAGCCCUGCGAAACCUGUCUUCCACCGCCGCUGCCGGCCCCACCAUGAACAGCCGCCCGUCAGCCCUCAGGACAGCACUGACCACACAGACCCCAAGUGUCCCUGAACCCGCCGGCUCAAGGACCAAUGACAGUGCCCCGCUGGGCACCCCUGCCCCUCCCACACACACCCCCAGCAGUCCCCUGACCCCUGCUGGCUUCCCCACUUUCAGCACAUCCACCCCUAGGACCACAGCCAUGCCCUCAAGCACGGCCCUGGAGCCCACGUCCCCCGCUGUGGCUCCGGGCACCACCCUGAAGACACCCACCAUGGGGACCACCCCGGGGACCUCCACUAUGGGAACCAGUCCAGGGACUCCCACCGUGGGGACCACCCCUGGAACCCCCACCCACUCGCCAGCCACCAGCAGGGCACCCUCGCCUUCCACCAGCCAGAGCCCAGUGCCACCCUCGCAGGGGCCCACCGAGAUGGUCACAUCCCGGACCCCCAAGCCCCACGGGCCUGAGGCCCCAGCCAGUCCAACACCUGGGAACUCAGGGGUCCUGCUGAGCACCCUGUACCUGCUCACCCCCGAGCCGCGGGCACCGACCCCCGUCAGCAAAAACUCCCUGCUGGCUGCGCUGGUGCUCGGGGUGGCGCUGCUGCUGACGGCAGCCACGUUGUUGGGCCUGCAGAUGCGGGAGAGCUACCGCAAGAAGGACUACACGCAGGUGGACUACCUCAUCAACGGCAUGUAUGCCGACACCCCGCUCUAGCCGCACCCCAGGGGACCCACCCUGGUAGACACAACCCUGAGCCCUGCACGGGCCGACAGCGACCACGGGCCCAGCACCUUGGCACAAGGCCGAUGCCCCAAGGCGUGACCCCACACCUCAGACACAGAGAGGGAUGG